AAUUGAAACCGUGAAUUGUAACGACUUCAGCCAACUAGUCAACUAAUGAGGCAAAAUUCCAACUGAAUUAUUAUCCACCUCCUCAGUAAUUUAUCCUGAGCGAAUUCAGAAAACGAAGAAACCCCUCUAGAAAAGGAUUACCCUAGCUUUACUUCCAUUCACUUAUUGUUCAAAGAUCUGGAUUCUGGAAACUGGACAUUAAAGUUGACCUUCAGAAAGACUGUUCACUUGUAAGUAGCGGGAAGAGAAGGUUGGGUUCCCACUGAUUAGUUUGUGAUGUCUGAAGUCAAGGUUCUAGUGGAUGUUUAAUGAAGAAUUGUGGUGCUAAUUUUUUCAUCCAAUUGAUCCUCUUCCUUCGUCUACCUGACGUGUGCUCAAACUCUACUGGCUAGAGUACCAUCGUCCACUGUCUCCUGAAGAGGUAACGUCAGUGAUUUCUGAAACUAUGUCAUUUGACAACGAUGUCACUCGGAAUCCUAAUGGCGAUGCGGCUCUUGACUCGUUGUCUGAUCAGUCCAUUUCCGGUCGAGGCCGUAGUCACAGCGCUGGUAGCGUCCCAGGACCGUUUAACACAACAUGCCACCAAGAGUCCGAUCCGACUCACUAUCGUGCUGCUGUUAAACCAUGCUUAGUUCUACGACCAUCUAGCUCAGCUGACUGUAGACCUGCACCUACCAAUAAUCUAAAACUUAAUAGUUCUGCGUCGCUCCAACCAACAGUUAGUGAAGUUUCUUCAUGUUGUGAGUCAGCUAUAACAUCUGCCAAUGAUACGGUUUCGAAUACUAUCAACAAGAUGGUUUAUUCCAAAUCGAAACAAAGUAGCUUCCCUCCACCAUCUACUACAACUUAUGUAUCUUCAAGUGCUUUGGGAGCAAGACGUAGGCAUUCACAUAUGGAGUUUUUGGACAAACGUGGAAGUCAAUCUCGCAGCCCACCUCCUUCAGCUGAUGCUUUCAAAGCCGUGAAUGAUAAUAUAAUACACUGUCUAAUGAAUACUUGUAAUAAUGUCAACGACUUGCCAAACACCGAUGAUAUAGUUAGUCCGUCCAACUCUCCUGCACCACCUUUAGCUCAAGCCGUUGUUGCUGCACUACGACAUCAUCACCAUCAUAGCCUCCUAAGGUCAGCGACAAAUACUUCGACAGCUUCAUCGCAUUUCUCACCUGGUUAUUUGUCUGAUGAAAAUGAUAAUGAACAGGAAGCAGAUGAAGAAGAGGAUGUUGAAGAAGACGACGACGAAGAAGUAGAUCAUGUUGAAGAAGAUAGUAAUGUUGACGGAGAAUACGACGAUGAUGAUGAAGAUGCAGAUUUUCAUGUUCACGAUCAUAAUUGCCAAACUAAUUUAUUGACUGGGAAAUGUCAACGUCAGCAUCAGCAAACAAUUGAAGUAGAUGGUGAAAGCGGAUACGGUGCAUCGUGUUCAUCAUCAUCUGUUAAACUUAAUCAUAAUACUUCUAAUAAUGAUACUAAUAAUAAACGUGAUAAAAAACGUAGGCGUAAUCGACUUCAGCAUAGAAAAAAUAGUACUGGAACAGAUACGAUAGAUCAUUUAUCAAUUGUUGAUGACCAACCUGAUAGAAAGUUUGAAGUACAUCAUUCAAGAAAUGUAUCUCCAAAUUUUCAUAAUGUUUCAGAUUGGGCUAAUACUAAUACAAAGCCUAGAUUAAGUGAUGCACGAAGUAACCUAACAACACGUCAUAAACGAAAUCGUGUUCGAAUUUUAGAUAAUUCUAUUCCAGUGACUACACAGAAUUUACAAAGACAAAUCGCUAUUGAUCGUCCAUUUACUUCUGUUUUAUCGCAUAAUGUUUGCCAAAAUCAUCAUUACAUAAAUGAUAAUGAAAUAUUAACUCAUCCACUUAGUCCGAUACCUUUGGAUUCAUCACAGUCGCUUAGUAAUAGAAGUUCAUUUUGCAGUAAUCGUCAUUAUUGUUGUGCACAACAUACUACUACUACUGCUGCUGCUGCUACUACUACCUGUGGAGGAAGUGAUUUUAGGUGUAUAUAUUCAUUGAUGGAUGUGCCUAAUGAUUUAAUUGGUGUCAAUUGGAUCUCAUUUGAUAAUGCUGUACACAAUACAAAUAUACGAAGUAAUCAUCUAUCUGAUGAAACAGUAGGAAAAGUUCAUUUAUCAAAUCCCAGUUCAGUAACAACUGAAACAUUAACACCUUCAUCAUCUUCAUCAGAAGUUGUAUCAUCUUUGCCAAUUGCUAUGCAAUCUUUAAAUUAUCAAGCAUCUGUUACAAAUACUCUAGGCAAUGAAAUUAUAGAAACAACAUCAAACGAUAUGAACAGCAAUAGUGAAACUAGGCGAAGUGGUAGUAUUAUAACUGAUGGUAAUAUAAAUCCUCUUAUUUCUAAUAAUCUUAUCUCUUCCGUUAAGACAAUAAAUUCUAAUAGACAUAUAUUACGUCCAAUCAACUCUGUGGCAAGCGCAUCAUGCUGUACUCGAUCAGAUUCACUUAUGCAAACAGCUAACAUUCCAUGCACAUUUCCAUAUCAUAAUAAUGGUAAUAAUAACAAUAGUAAUCAUAACUUAACAUGUUCAUCAUCCCAAGUAGAAAGAAUACAAUUAGGAAGGCGUUCAUCAGCUACUUGUUGUUUCCAGACAUUAUCUUCUGGAACAACAGCUAUAAAUGCCACUCAUCAUGGAUGCUCAUCUAUCACAGGUUCACUGUACAAUGGCAAUGGAAACCAACAUUUUUGCUCAAAUAACAGUCAUAGUAAUCAUGGUUCUACUUCUGAUCAGUUUCAUCAAUCAUCAAAUUGUUCACUGAUUCAUAAGCAUAGUCAACAGCAACAACGUCAUACAAGUCAAUUACAAUCACUAAUCUAUUGUGAUUCACCACCAGAAUCGUGUUCUAGCUCAGUAAAACUUCAUUAUCAUUCAGAUUAUGGAUCAUUUCAUGGGCAUAAUGGUGUUACGAAUUCCUUAGGUUCAGGUAGAGAAUUCUAUGACGAUUCUGGUUUUGAUUUCAUGCUAUCAUCAUCACCACCGCAAACGAAGUUAUUUUAUCCCCGUGGUAGUAAUGGUGGUCAUCAUACACUUGACAAUUAUGUAACCCAACAACAACAGAAUCUGUUACAACCUACAAAUGUGGAGCAUAGGCGUUAUUCGUUGUCAGCUCUCCCCUUUUGUGAAGUCAAUCUGGCGUCUCCUAUCGAUACUUCGAGGCAAUCAUCUAGUGGACGCCGACGUGUUAGUCUACUAGUGGAUGGUGUGCGGUUUUUGAUUGAUGUUGAACUGCUUCAAGCUCAUCCUAAUACAAUGCUUGGACGUAUGUUUAAUUCACAAUUUCUCGAGACUAGAUAUAUUUAUGAUAAUCCUAAUAGCAAUUAUCAUCAGUCUACAUCAAUGGAGAGUAGUCCGCCAACUGAUAGGAAAUCUCAAACUACUACCUUUACAACUUAUUCAUCAUCUUCAUCAACAAUUCAUCAUACUUUUCAAACACACCCACCAGAUAUCCCUAUUGCUCAAGAUUCGAAUAUCUCAGCUCAGGUAUUUCGUACCAUUCUUGAUUAUUAUCUUACUGGUCGUAUGUCUUGUCCUCCCGGUGUAUCAGUGCAAGAACUCAAAGAAGCUUGUGACUACUUUCUUAUUCCAUUUAAUCAACAAACUGUACGAUGUGAAAAUUUACGAGCAUUUCUACAUGAAUUAUCUAAUGAUGGUGCACAUGGUAUAUUUGGACAAUUUCUUGAAACACAUAUCCUUUCAUUACUCGUCAAGUGUACACAAUUAGGUGAACGUGAAUGUCAUAUUGUGAUUGUUACAGACGAUGAAACAAUUGACUGGGAUCCAGAUUAUCCGCCACAGAUGCCAGAGAAUGAAUUAAAUUCACAUAUUAUCUAUAGUACACAAAUGUUUAGAUUUUUAAAGUAUAUUGAAAAUCGUGAAGUAGCUAAACAAGUUUUACUUGAACGUAGUUUAAAGAAAAUACGUAUUGGUAUUGAAGGCUAUCCAACUUGUAAAGAUCGUGUUAAAUUUCGUCCAGGUGCUAGACCUGAAGCAAUUUAUAAUUAUGUUCAAUGCCCUUUUCUACGUAUGUCAUGGGAAGAAGAAGAGAAUAAAUCUCGACAUGUGGAUUUUCAAUGUGUAAAGAGUAAAUCAGUUAGUGAUUUAACAACUGGUUUAGAACAAGCUGUUAUUGAUCCACUUCCACCGCAUUUGGCUCAUUCUUCAAAUUUAAAUAACCAACUACGAACAUCUGGUACAGAUUCUGUGUCUCCCAAUCUAUCACCAGCUGUAGAAACUCAAACACGUAACAUAUCAGACCAUGGUGAGGCCGCUGAGACUUCAAAUGAAAUCAGUGAAUCGUCUGCUGGAGAUCCUCUAGUCACUCAUAAUGCUAAUAAUGAAGAUUCAGUCUACUUGAGUCAUUUGGGAUUGUCUAAUCUAUCUGAUCCAGUCUCUCCUACAACAUCAUCAACUUGACUUGAUUCAGUUAGUUCAAUGAUCACACUAUUCAACGUGAAACUGUUUUCGGUUUGUACCAACUACAUUUAUUAUGAUGUUAUCUUUAUAGAUUUAGUUUUAAGUAGAUAGGCUGAUUUGGAUGUCAUCAGGGAUGAUUUUAUUUCGUUUCUUGUUGCCUCAGUUACAAAUAACCAUGUUCCACCCUUUAUUAUUGCCUGUCUAUGCAGACACGCCUGUUAACAUUAUAUGCAAACGCAUUGACAAUGCAAGCAUCCACUAUAAUCGGCUGUGACUAUGACAACAUUGGCCUCUUUCUUUUCCUUUGCCUUGGUUUAGCUGACUACCCUCCUCCCCUUCCUACUGUUGUUUGUUUACAACUUAUGCUGUGUACAGCUGACAAAAUGUUGAUAUUAGAAGAAAGGAAAGGUAUGCAUCAAACUAUUUCGAUUUAAUCGUCGGCGUUAUUUGUCCAUCGCUAAGGGAGACAGUGAUACAACCACAGAGUGCUGAUAAUCAUUAAAUUUGCUAAGCAACUGAGCCAACCAAACCAGUUAGUUAAUCAGUUUCUUGGCAAGACAGUUACACACCGUAGGCAUGAGAACACUUUCCUGUUAUUAGGAAUCAUUAUGCGUUAAUUUUCUUUCUUGGUCUUGUCUUUUAUAUUUUCUAUUAUCUCAGUAAUAUUUUGACACUACUGCUUCUCUACCUCCUUCCCGUUCUCAUUAUCCAGAAUGCUUACUACUACUAAUAAUAAUAAUGUAUGUAUACUUAAUCCCCUUGUUUCUUAUAUACAUGUAAAUGUGUAACAGCUACUCAGUCUAUGGGUCUGCUUGCCUACCUAUUCUUGAUUGUAAGAUGACAUCAUCAAUAAAAAAGUUAUGAGCUUGUUUUAUUAGCUAACUGUUUAUACACUAGGUAAUAUGACAGGUGGAAAAAACCAACGUAGAAUUUCACACAAGUUCAUCAGUUCAAGUUGCCCCACUUUACAGUACCAUGCAAUGAACAACUAGGUAGAAAACAAGUGAUAUUGAAGGUGUAUUGGAAGAAAAAGAGUUCACAUCCUC